AUAUACUCUGCUAGUCACUUGACAGGCCAGGCGAUCACAUGUGUAGAAUUCGACCAAUGGCUGCUGCCGCCUUGACGUCAUUUUAACGUGCCGGAAGUAAAACUGUAGCAUUAGUUCCAUAUCAGGCUGGGCUGCUUCCAGCUUGUUUGUGUAGUAUUAGCCUGCCUAAUGUAGCAGUUCUCCUGGGCACUUACCAACUGGUAUUACUUCAAACAAUAAAAUAAUUGCUGUUUCAUAUAAGAAUAAAAUAAGCCAGCUUUUGUAUCCUGACUACAUUCAAACGUAGGAUUUUGUCGGUAUCGGUAGCAUUGUGUUUGCUGCUCCAUGCGCUCCCUCAGCUAUGUGCAACGAGCAGUCCUGGAAUUCAGCGGCUCCCUGUUCCCUCACGCCCUGUGCCUGGGGGAUGCUGACAAUGACUCGCUGAACGAGCUGGUUCUUGGGGACACGAGUGGAAAGUUGCAUGUCUAUAAAAAUGAACAAAGCAAGCCCUGGCUGACCCGCUCUUGCUCCGGGAUGCUCACGUGUGUUGGGGUAGGCGAUGUUUGCAAUAAAGGAAAGAAUUUUGUGAUUGCAGUCAGCGCAGAAGGCUGGUUUCACCUCUUUGACUUGUCGGCCAAGCCUGAAGGCCCAUUGGACCCUUUGCAGGGGGAUGAGCAGAAAGCAACCUAUACCCAGCACCUCCCAGCCAACACAAAGCUUGCUCUGAUCAGUGAUAUUGAUGGGGACGGACUCUGUGAGUUGGUUCUGGGGUACACAGACCGAGUAGUGCGGGCUUUUCGCUGGGAAAGUCCCCCGGAUGCUGACCUGACAUGUGGCCAAUUGGUGACCCUAAAGAAAUGGCUGCUUGAAGGGCAGGUGGAUAGUCUUUCUGUUAAUCCUGCUGCAGAUGGGACCCCGGAGCUCAUGGUGUCCCAGCCUGGGUGCGGCUAUGCUGUUCUCCUCUGUACAUGGAAAGAAGACCCGAGCUUGGGCACCGAGGGGGCAGGAGCUGCAGAAACCAGGGAGGUUUCCACACGGGAUGUUAUCCUUCACCAGACUUCUCUCCGGAUCCAUAAUAAAAAUGUUUCUACGCACCUGAUUGGCAGCAUAAAGAGAGGCACCCUGAAGCUUAUGCAGGGCUCAGAUCGGCUCCUACAGGGCUCAGAUCAGCUCCUAUGGUCGGUCCAGGUGGAUCAUCAGCUGUUUGCACUAGAGAAGGUGGAUAUAACGGGCAAUGGGGAGGAAGAAGUUGUUGCCUGUGCGUGGGAUGGACAGACAUACAUUAUUGAUCACAACCACGCCAUCUUGCGCUUCCAGGUGGAGGAGAAUGUCAGUGCCUUCUGUGCAGGCCUCUAUGCCUGCCGGGAAGAUGAGAACAGCCCUUGCUUGGUGUACGUGGGCUUCAACCAGAAGAUCUACAUUUAUUGGGCCGUGACACUGGAACGAAUAGAGACUUCCAAUCUGCUGCGCGUCAUGGAGGGAAAUGAUGAGUUCUCUGCCCUGUUGAGCCAGCUCCAUGUUGACGCCAAUGAUCCUUCUGCUGUUCGCGAGCUCAUUCACCAGACCAUGUACUUUCCCAAUAGUGGGGACAAACGUGCUGCUAAUAAGCCUGACUAGAGACAGGCGUGACCCUCUGAAGGGCGUGUAUCUGCCGGAUGUUAAGCUUCGUCCAUAGUAACAUCAGUACCUUCUAAACUAAACCAAGUGAUGCCCUCCUAUUACAGGAUCUCCAUUGCCUUUGGUACGAGCUAAUCCAGUGUCAAGGAAGCAUUUCCCGGGCCAAAGGAGGCGAUAAGUGUUUAUGCUCAUGAUAUGAUUAAGAUGCAGCUCAAGCAUUUGGAAUAUAUCUUUCCAAGAUGGCUAUUGGGAGAAGGCUGUGAUUUUAAAGAUGAAGGAAAGGUAAAAACUCAGUAAGCUUUAUCAGAAAGGUCUAAAUACAGCCAUAAGCACUCACAGAAA